AUGAGUAACCAAGGUGUGUCUUCACAGUCAAGCUCAGUGUAUAAUGAGCUCCGUCUGCAGAGAACAUUUUGUGAUGCAGUCAUCAGAGUUGAGGAUGUCGAAUUUCCAAUCCACAAGAUCAUCCUAUGUAACUGCAGCACUUACUUCCGAGCUCUCUUCACUCGCUGGUCGACCACGGACAGCAAGGUCUUUUACAUACCCGGUCUCUCAUCUGAAAUGAUGAAGCUCAUCAUUGACUUCGCAUACACCAGCUCUGUUUGUGUGACGGAGGACAACGCACAGGGCCUGAUGCUAGCAGCCGACCUGCUCAAUGUAAUGGACGUCGUGCAAACCUGCUCCGACUUCAUCAGUGAGCAGCUCUGCCCAGAAAACUGCAUCGGCAUCUGGCAGUUUACAUUUAUCUGCAUCAGUCCUGGGCUGCAGCACAAGGCCUACAGCUACAUCACUGAACACUUUGAGGAGGUUGUUCCCUGUGAAGAGUUCCUGCAGCUCUCUGUGCACGAUCUCACUGGAAUCCUUGGUAGAGAUGAUCUCAAUGUGAGAAAGGAGAGUACUGUGUAUGAAGCCAUCAUUCGCUGGAUCGCCCACAUACCUGAAGAACGAGAAGGACACAUCGCUGUGCUUUUUUCUACGGUUCGGCUGGCCCUGACAAGUGCAGAGUACAUCAGGAUCCAUGUGUUGUCCAAUGAACUCGUGAGGAACAGCACUGAGUGCCUGCAAGUAACCCACAAUGCCAUCCAAACCUUGUAUCACAUCAUCACAAACAGGCCCACGGUAUCUGGUCUCUGUGGCCCUAUUGCCCGUCCUCGUCUGCCUAAUGCCAUCCUGUUGGCCAUUGGUGGCUGGAGCGGCGGCGAUCCAACUAAUGGCAUUGAGGCGUACGAUAUCAACGCUGACCGCUGGAUCAACGUGACAAACAAUCUGGAGCGUCCCCGUGCCUAUCAUGGCACUGCUUUCCUCAGUGGGUAUGUCUACUGUGUCGGUGGCUUUGACAGGGUGGAGCAUUUCAACAGCGUGCGCAGGUUUGACCUGAGCACACACACCUGGCAUGAGGUGGCACCCAUGUACUCCCGCCGCUGCUACGUGAGCGUAACAGUGCUCAACGGGUGCAUCUAUGCCUUGGGAGGCUAUGAUGGACAUAAUCGACUCAGCACUGCAGAGCGCUACAGGCCUGAAAGCAACCAGUGGAGUCUUAUUGCAGCCAUGAACGAGCAGAGGAGCGACGCCAGCUGCACAACACUCCAUAACAAGGUUUACAUUUGUGGUGGUUUCAAUGGGAAUGAAUGCCUCCACACAGCUGAAUAUUAUAAUCCAGAAACCAACCAGUGGACAUUGAUCACCCCCAUGAACAGCAGGCGCAGUGGAAUUGGAAUUAUUGCAUAUGCAGACCAUGUCUACGCAGUUGGUGGCUUUGAUGGCAACUCCCGUCUGCAGAGUGCUGAGGCCUACAACCCCCAAACCAACACUUGGCAAACAGUGUCCCCCAUGCUGACCCCUCGCAGCAACUUUGGCCUCGAAGUGAUCGAUGACCGGCUCUUUGCUGUCGGCGGCUUCAAUGGCUCCAACACCAGCUUUAAAGUUGAAUACUAUGAUGCUACGACAGAUGAGUGGACUGCAGCCUGUGAAAUGGAGAUCUUCCGCAGCGCCCUCAGCUGCUGCGUGGUGUCCGGACUCCCCAACAUGGCCGAGUAUGCUUUCCCUCGUGACGCCCUGCCGUUUUUCCUUUCAGAGGAUGAGGAGGUGGAGUCAGGGGACUCUGUCUAA